GUUGUCACUGUUGACAUUGAUAUUUGACGUAAAAUUUGGCGGGAACAAAAACUAAACCGGCCGAGAGCAAAAAUAAAUAAAAAAAUGUCGAUACAAGUGGAAAAUAACUUAAAAAAUGCCGAAAACAAAGAGAUUUUCGAACAAAAAGCCCAUUAUAUACCGUGUAAGAUUGAAGACGAUGGUCCUGCUAACGUUGACAAAUAUUUUGAGCCUUACGUUACUGACAACAAUGGUGAAUUAACUGGCUCUUUUCGCGGCUAUCCCCUUGACGGUACAAAAAUGACUUUUCCCGAAGGGUACAGAGCUGUUGUAGUAACGGAAGCCAAGAGACCACUUGCUGAAGAUGCAGAGAGGAAGUUUCAGGUGGCCGGUGGUUUUAAAGAGUUCACCUACUGGAAUUGGGACAAGAAACCUUCAAAGAAUGACAAUAUGGUCAAAGCCUUAGACUGGAUAGAUAUUAGUGAAGCUAUACAUGGAGACUGACUACAAUCAAAAUAAUUAGUUAUUAAAUAAAUAAUUAGGUACAAGGAAUCUGAUGACAAAGUAAUCAUCAUCUUCCUAUCCUUUGCCCAACUAUGUUGGGGUCGGCUUCCAGUCUAACCAGAUGCAGCUGAGUACCAGUGUGCCACAAGGAGCGACUGCCUAUCCUAUAGUAAUAAGAAUAAUUUUCUUGUAAGACUAUAAUUACAUGUAAAAAUAAAAUAUUGAUAUUUAAA